AAGAUGGGAAGUGUUUGUAAAUUGGGAUUGUGGUUGUUAGUUAUUGUCGUAAAUAGUUAUGGAAAACAAAGUUUAUCAAAAGAAAAAAUUAUCUCUAAUUAUAAAAGAUUAAUUUUUAACGAAGGUAUUAACGCUUUUUCUUAUGAAUAUCAUACUGAUGCUCAUAUGUAUAAACCAGAUGGAAACGCCAUAGAAGAAUAUGAACCGUAUGAUUUUGUGAUCGUUGGAGCUGGUGUCACUGGAUGUUUACUGGCAAACAGAUUAUCUGAAAUAAGUGAUUGGAAGAUUUUACUUCUUGAAGCUGGUGAUUAUGGAGACAAUGAAAUUAUGCCAAUCCCUGGGUUGUUUGGUCUUAAGCUACUUUCAGAUUACAAUUGGGGAUAUGUAACUACACCACAAACACACAUCUGCCUUGGCAUGAAAGACCAAAAAUGUACACUACCUAGAGGAAGGGGAGUAGGGGGCACUACCUUGAUAAAUUCCUUACAAUAUACACGAGCAAACCCAGAGAACUUUAACCAAUGGUCAAAAAUGCUUAAUGAUCCUUCAUGGUCUUAUGAAAAUAUGUUGGAUUAUUUUAAAAAAUCUGAAAAUUUUCAAUGGACCAAUCCGGAAGCACCUGUAGAUUUAAGUUAUCAUGGAACAAAUGGCCCUCUUACAGUGGAACAUGCGGUAGUUCAUCAUCCCCUUACUAAUUUAUUUUUAGAUGCAAAUAGAGAUUUAGGAAUUAAUAUAACAGACUACAACAGCCCGUCGCAAAUAGGAGCAUCAGUAAUACAACUAUAUACUAAUAAAGGGAGGAGAGAGGAUAUGGGUAGCAUAUUCGUCACACCAUUUUUAGAAAGAAGAAAUUUUAAAGUUCUAACAGGAAGUUAUGUUACGAAAGUGGUCAUUAACAAAGAAACUAAAAUAGCUGAGAGUGUUAUAUUUACCAAAGGAGGUAAAACGUAUAACGUAAGAGCAAACAAAGAAAUUAUUAUUUCUGGAGGAGCAAUUACGAGUCCCCAAAUUCUUAUGUUAUCGGGGGUAGGACCAAAAAGACAUUUAGAAGAUGUUGAUAUAGAUGUAAUUCAAAACUUGGAAGUAGGUAGUCGAUUCAAAGAGCAUGCUUUAACGUUUAAUCUAUAUUUCUCUUCGAAUUUAUCAACACCUGUAGAAUCAAUAGAGGAUCAGUUGAGAGAUUUUCUGAAUAAUACUGGAAGUUUAACGUCGGCUAGUACAUUAUCGCAAAGUGUUGGUUUUUAUAAUUUAGAAAAAAGAGAUGGUCAUUUACCUAAUGUAGCAAUGUUUAUUGAUACCCAUCAAACCAGUAUAUUUGAACAAAAAAUAUUAAAGUGGAAAGACGACUAUUAUCAGACUCUCAGUAAUCUUAAGCUUGGUAAUCCAAUCCGAUUUAUGAUAUUACAUAUGACUACAAAAUCCGAUGGUACUAUAAGAUUAAAGAGCAAUGAUCCAUUUGAAUACCCUCUUAUAAAUCCCAAUUUACUUACAGAUCAAAGAGAUAGAACGCAAGUAUACAGGGCGAUAAAAUUUCUAUUUAAAAUGAUAGAUACCCCUACAUUUAAGAAAUUUAAUUUAAAAUUUGCAACUCCUACUUUAGCUGCAUGUAAUCACUGUAAGUAUGAUUCCAAAAAAUGUUGGGAAUGCUUUAUGAAGGAAUUGACCAUGCCAGGAUAUCAUCCUAUGUCUUCAUGUCCGAUGGGUGCAGACCCGAGCAAAGGUGCAGUUGUGGAUAACAAUCUUAAAGUGUUUGGUGUAAAUAAAUUAAGAGUUGCAGAUGCUAGCGUUUUUCCAGGACCCAUAUCAGGAUACCCCAGUAUAAAUUGUUUGGUAAUAGGAGAGAAACUUGCAGAUGUGAUUAAAAAACAGUAUGGUAUAAUUUGA